AUGGCGUCUUCCACAUCAUUUUAUAACCCUAAUUAUGGCAUGCAGAUAGGGAGUAAUUCCGGCAAGGUCGAGGUUACCUUCAAUCAUGCAGAUCCCCUGGACAAGCUACCAAGUGCGGAUGGGGCCGAGUUCGACUCAUAUGUGGAUCAGCAUGAAGAAUUUUGUCUUCCGGGCACCAGGACCGAGCUUCUAUCCCAAAUUGCAAAGUGGGCCGAGUCAUCGGACGGAAAGUAUAUGUUCUGGUUGAAAGGAAUGGCGGGGACGGGGAAGUCUACCAUUGCUCGAACAGUGGCAGCAUCUUUUAAAGACAAAGGACAGCUUGGCGCCACUUUCUUCUUUAAGCGGGGCGAAGCGGAUCGCAGUAAUGCAAGAUAUUUGAUAUCAACUAUCACAAAGCAGCUGGUCACCAAACACCCGCAACUGGAACCUGAUGUCUUAAAAGCGAUCAAGAAUAACCCACAUAUCUCAUCCAAAUCUCUCAGCGAACAAUUCGACAAGCUUCUUCUCCAGCCUUUGCUUGGAUUAAAGCUGGAUCAACCAGCAACAGUUAUAGUUAUUAUUGAUGCACUAGACGAAUGUGAUCGGGAAAAUGAUAUCCAGAUCAUCCUUCAACUUUUGUUUCGACUCCAGGAAGUGAAGUCAGUCUGUCUGCGAAUAUUUCUGACUAGCCGGCCUGAACUUCCAAUCCGUCUUGGCUUCAGGAAGAGUAAUGGCCAUCAGGACUUGGUCCUCCAUGGUCUUCCUAAGCCCGUGAUUGAACAUGAUAUUCGCCUGUUUCUGGAACACAAACUGUCAGAAAUACGGGACGAACAUUUACUUCCCGCGGAGUGGCCUGGAAAUGAAAAUAUGGAAAAGCUGGUGAAGAUGGCUGUCCCUUUGUUCAUUUUCGCGGCCACUAUCUGCCGUCUUGUAGGGGAUAGGGACUGGCUUCCGCAGGAACGUCUUACAGCUGUUCUCCAAGAUGAAGCAGCCACAUCAAUAUCAGAUAUUGAAAGAACGUACCUUCCGGUAUUGAAUCAACUUGUUGUUUCAAGGAAUCAGCGUGAUUGCGAGCGACUCAUGGAAGAGUUUCAGAACAUAGUUGGAGUUAUUAUUCUUCUCGCUACUCCUCUUUCCGUCAUUGCUCUUGCACGUCUGACAGGAAUAUCUCAGGAUACUAUCAGCAUUCGAUUGAAUAGAUUCCACUCAGUCCUAAAUAUACCGGAGGAGAUUCACCAACCAGUCCGCAUUCUGCAUUUGUCAUUCCGAGACUUCCUCAUUAACACAACAAGCAUAUUCCACGUGGAUGAAAAAGUGACGCACCAGAAGAUAGUCUUGCAUUGCCUCCGUACUAUGAACAACGGCCUGAAGCAAAAUAUCUGUGAUCUGUCAAGCUAUGGGACACAGAGAACCAAUAUCGAUCAUCAAGUUAUUAAUAAGUACCUCUCAGCAGAUCUGCAGUACUCCUGUCGGUAUUGGGUAUAUCAUUUUGAAAAUAGCCAUAGUCAUGUCACUAGGCCCCUAGCUUUUGGAUUUGUAAAAGAGCACUUCCUUCAUUGGCUAGAGGCGCUGAGCCUAAUGGGUGUUAUAUCAGAGGCGGUGGCAAUGAUGGAUAUACUUCAGUCAGGUGCUAGGGAGGACGUGGAUGCUGAAUUUUCUAAAUUUCUCCGCGACGCAAAACGAUUUAUUCUAAAGAACGCCUACAUUGCAAGUCUUGCUCCACUCCAACUCUACUGUUCUGGGGUGGUGUUUUUACCAUUGCGAAGUAAUAUUAGAAAGAUGUUUCUCGAAAGUAGGCCCAAACAAAUACACAUACUACCACAGGUAGAGGAUGAUUGGAGCCCAGUACUACAAACCCUUGAGGGCCAUUCAGGGUCGGUUCAGUCAGUGGCCUUCUCCCGUGAUGGCCAAAUGGUGGCGUCAGGCUCUAACGAUAACACCGUCAAGCUCUGGGAUACGAAGACCGGCACGGAACUGCAGACGCUCAAGGGCCAUUGGGAGUCGGUUCAGUCAGUGGCCUUCUCCCCUGAUGGCCAAAUGGUGGCGUCAGGCUCUUGGGAUGACACCAUCAAGCUCUGGGAUACGAAGACCGGCACUGAACUGCAGACGCUCAAGGGCCAUUCAGAGUCGGUUUAUUCAGUGGCCUUCUCCCGUGAUGGCCAAAUGGUGGCGUCAGGCUCUUGGGAUGACACCAUCAAGCUCUGGGAUACGAAGACCGGCACUGAACUGCAGACGCUCAAGGGCCAUUCAGAGUCGGUUCAUUCAGUGGCCUUCUCCCGUGAUAGCCAAAUGGUGGCGUCAGGCUCUGGCGACCAUACCAUUAAGCUCUGGGAUAUGAAGACCGGCACGGAACUGCAGACGCUCAAGGGCCACUCGGGGUUGGUUUAUUCAGUGGCCUUUUCCCGUGAUGGCCAAAUGGUGGCGUCAGGCUCUAACGAUAACACCAUCAAGCUCUGGGAUACGAAGACCGGCACUGAACUGCAGACGCUCAAGGGCCAUUGGGAGUCGGUUCAGUCAGUGGCCUUCUCCCCUGAUGGCCAAAUGGUGGCGUCAGGCUCUGGCGACCAUACCAUCAAGCUCUGGGAUACGAAGACCGGCACUGAACUGCAGACGCUCAAGGGCCAUUCAGAGUCGGUUCAUUCAGUGGCCUUCUCCCCUGAUAGCCAAAUGGUGGCGUCAGGCUCUAGCGAUCAUACUAUCAAGCUCUGGGAUACGAAGACCGGCACUGAACUGCAGACGCUCAAGGGCCAUUCAGAGUCGGUUCAGUCAGUGGCCUUCUCCCCUGAUGGCCAAAUGGUGGCGUCAGGCUCUGGCGACCAUACCAUCAAGCUCUGGGAUACGAAGACCGGCACGGAACUGCAGACGCUCAAGGGCCACUCGGGGUUGGUUUAUUCAGUGGCCUUCUCCCGUGAUGGCCAAAUGGUGGCGUCAGGCUCUUGGGAUGACACCAUCAGGCUCUGGGAUACGAAGACCGGCACUGAACUGCAGACGCUCAAGGGCCACUCAGAGUCGGUUCAGUCAGUGGCCUUCUCCCGUGAUAGCCAAAUGGUGACGUCAGGCUCUGGCGACCAUACCAUCAAGCAUGUGGAGGAGCAUACUGCCACUAGCGCCACCAGCAUCCCACAACUCAAUGAAUCCUGUGGCCCGACUUCACAUAAUUUCAAUCUUCAAGUGUCUUUAUCAGAUAACUGGGUUUCUUUGGCGGGUGAAAAUAUACUGUGGCUCCCUCAAGAGCAUCGUCAAUUUACAGCUUCAGCUGUUAAAGGGUCCACCCUAGCUCUUGGGUAUAGCGACGGGCGGGUUUCUAUUAUAGGAUUCUAUGCAUUAUAG